AUGGCCGACGUUUUCGGCAUUGUCGCCGGCCUUUUGAGCGUUGCGGCCCUGUUCAACUGCGUCAACUGCUUCGAGUACAUGGGUCGAGACUGCGAACGCUGCCAACUAACUGGAUUUCCCAAGCCCAAACCCAAUGACGAGGAUCCGGAUGAGGCCAGUGACGACAUCAAGGACAGGACCAAAGACGAGCCCAAGGCUGAGCCUAGGAGUGACCAAAAGAAUGAAACUAAGAACGAGGAAAAACAAGAGGCCAAGAAAGACGAAACGAAUCACAGCAAUUGCAAAUGCCCGACUCAGUGA